AUGUGGUGGUGGCUGCUGGGAGUCGUCUUCCUGGUCCUGGUGGCCGUGCUCUUUUACCGGACCGUGGGCCGACGUCACGCCGUGUUCAGUGAGAGGAGCCUCCGACCUCUGGGGCCUCCGGUCACCGACAGCAAACAGAGGGAUGCCCGGCUCAAGAGAGGGUUCCGAGUGGACAGGGUUCCCCCUGCACUGGACGCGGUGGUGAUUGGCAGCGGCAUAGGAGGUUUGGCAGCAGCAGCAUUUCUGUCCAAAGCUGGAAAGAAGGUUGUAGUUCUGGAACAGCAUGAUCAGGCUGGCGGCUGCACACACACCUUUCAGAAUAAGGGAUUUGAGUUUGAUGUAGGCAUCCAUUACUUGGGCCAGCUCCAUGAGAACAGCUUGUUGAAGGUUGCUUUGGAUCAGAUCACAGAAGGACAGCUGCAGUUUGCAAAGCUGGAAGAGCACUAUGAUACGCUGUUCCUGGGCCAGCCUGACCAGCGCAGGGAAUACCACAUCCAUUCGGGAAAGACUGAGAUGGCAGCUUCCCUGAAGAAGCAGUUCCCUGGAGAAGACAAGAGCAUUGAUGAGUUCAUGAGGUUGAUGAAGCUUGCCUCACGGAGGACCCCGCUGAUUGCGGUUUUGAAGAUUUUACCCUUCUGGCUGGCUAACUUCCUGAUUUGGACCGGCCUGAUAUACCGCAUAUCUUCCGUGUUUCAUCUAGCUGGAACCAACCAUUCAGAAAUGAUGAUCCGCCUCACAAAGAACAAGGACUUGCAGGCGUUGUCUGCGUACCUGUUCUACGGUGUCCCUCCUAAGGAGUCCAGCUUUCUCAUCAAUGCACUUCUUCUCCACCACUACAAACGUGGGGCCUACUACCCGAUUGGGGGCGCCAGUGAAUUUGCCUUCCACAUUAUCCCGGUCAUUAAGCAGGCAGGCGGUGAGGUGCUGGUCAGGGCUCCCGUGCAGCGCGUCCUUGUCAACGACCAGGGGAAGGCCUGUGGUGUGACUGUUCUCAAAGGACAAGAAGAGGUUGAGAUCCACGCUCCUGUUGUCAUUUCCAACGCCGGAAUCUUCAACACAUUCCAGAAAUUUCUACCUCAGCACAUCCAGGACAAACCAGAGAUCCGUUCACUGUUGGGUAAGGUGCGUCAUGGCAUGGGUUCCUUCUUGGUCUUUGUUGGUCUGGAUGGAACCAAGGAAGAACUGAACAUCGUUUCCACCAACUUUUGGAUGUAUAAAGGCAAUGACUUGGACGCGCUUAUGGAGCGUUACUCUUCUCUAGGCAGAGAGGAGGUAUUAGGAAAUAUACCCAUGAUGUUCAUCACCUUCCCAUCUGCUAAAGACCCAACAUCCAGCAUUAGACACCCAGGUAAGUCAUGUAUGACACUGCUGACCAUGGCGCGGUACGAGUGGUUCGAGGAAUGGGAGGGUACUAAACUUGGCAAGCGGGGCCAAGACUACGUGGACCUGAAAAACAGCAUGGCGCAAGAGCUGCUGGACUGGGCGUUGAUUAUCUUCCCUCAGCUACGAGACAAGGUGGUAAUGGUGGAAGCCGCCACCCCGUUAACUAAUGUCCACUAUUUGGGUGCACCAAGAGGUGAGAUGUACGGGGCUGAGCACAACGUGGAGCGCUUCAACCCAGAAACCGUUGCUCUGACACGGCCACAGACGCCCAUAAGUGGACUGUACUUAACAGGUCAGGACGUCUUCUGCAACGGGAUGGCCGGCGCUCUGCACGGCGGACUGCUGUGUGCCUCGGCGGUGCUCAAUCAGAUCCUAUACAUUGACCUUUUAGCCCUGAAAAGCCGCCUGAAGCACAAACAGAUGCAAAAGAAGAAGAAGACCUGGUAG